UCAAAAUUAAAUAACAACCUCCCUUUUUCGUCAGGAAACAGAAGCAGCAGAAACUCCCAACACUAAGCGCUCGCCAAGUGAAAAAACCAGAACAAGGUUUAAGGAGGGUUUAAGGCGGCUUCACCAUCCCCAUUUUAUACUUUCUCUCUCUAUGAAUUCUAUUCACUCUGCUGCUUUCUUCAUCGACCCAUUGAAGCUGAUCCCACUGCCUUACAGAUUACCAGUUUUCGAUUUCUUAAAAAUUCCACUGUAAAAUUUUGAUGUCCUGCGCCAAAACCCCAUCAAUCUCUGCCGAUUUCAGCCAGGGAAUUUACCAUUCCUCCCAAUAUAGAAAACCCUCAAUCGUCCGUACCAUCCCAUCAACCGUAUCCACUCUGAUGUGGAGGAACUUUGCCAGGCAAGCCUUUUCGAGAAACCUGAGGUUUCGCCCCGAUUCCCACUCUUUUUCCCGUGCUUGUAGCUUUCUCGGAAAGACAGAGCAUUCCGAGAAGUUAAAGUUUAGGUCUUUUGAGCUGAGUUCUUGUUCGAGUUACGGGUUUUCGGAGACGGGUUUUUGCCGAAAUGGUGAAAUUUCGUCCCACGAUGACCCUGUGAGCAGACUAGGAUAUGGGUUUGUGAGAAAUCAGGUGGCUGGGAAUAUUGGAAUUUGUCCCAAAGGGUAUGCGAGCGUGGCCGAGGCGGUUUCCUCCACGGAGGUUGAGGAUGAUAUCUCGGCUGGUGAAGAAAUUCAAGAAUUGUUGCAGCAGAUGAACAAAGAGGAGAAGAAGGAAAUCUUAAAUAUGCGUAGAAACCAUCAAAAGAUGGUGAGGGGUAUGGGGGAAAAGAAGUAUCAGGUACUUAGAAGAAGGCAGGUGAAGAUUGAGACUGAAGCAUGGGAACAGGCAUUGAAGGAGUACAAGGAGCUCUUGAUGGACAUGUGUGAGCAGAAGCUAGCACCCAAUUUGCCAUAUAUGAAGUCUUUGUUCCUUGGUUGGUUUGAGCCUUUGCGCAAUGCAAUAGCUAAGGAGCAAGAACUGUGCCGGCAGGGGAAGAACAAGCCUGCAUAUGCUCCUUAUUUCGAUCAAUUACCGGCCGAAAUGAUGGCGGUUAUAACAAUGCAUAAAUUGAUGGGGUUGUUGAUGACAGGAGGUGAACAUGGCACUGCCAGGGUUGUACCAGCCGCUUGCAUCAUUGGUGAUGCCAUUGAGCAGGAGGUUAGAAUACAGAGGUUCUUGGAGAAAACUAGAAAGAAAAAGCUUGGUAAAGACAAGGAAGAUGAAGGAUAUGAGGACACCAUGAUCAAGGAACAGAAGUUGAAGAAAAAGGUCACUGAUUUGAUGAAAAAACAAAAAUUGCGAGCGGUGAGACAAAUAGUGAAGAGACAAGAUGAUUUAAAAUCCUGGGGCCAGGAUGCCAGGGCCAAGGUUGGGAGUCGUCUGAUUGAAUUGUUGACUGAAACCGCUCAUAUCCAGCCUCCUGCUGAUCAGUCAGCAGAUGGUCCACCUGAUGUACGACCUGCAUUUUUACACACAUUUAGGACUGUUGUAAAAAAUGCAAAGAAUACUGGCAGAAGGUAUGGCGUCAUUGAAUGUGAUCCACUAGUUCUUAAAGGCCUUGAUAGAACUGCAAGGCACAUGGUGAUUCCUUACAUGCCUAUGUUGGUACCCCCAGUUAAUUGGACAGGUUAUGACAAAGGAGGGCACUUGUACUUACCGUCCUAUGUAAUGCGCACUCAUGGAGCAAGACAACAGCGUGAAGCUGUUAAAAGGGCUCCAAGAGAGCAACUCGAACCAGUUUUUGAGGCUCUGGAUGCCCUUGGAAAUACCAAAUGGAGGAUUAAUAAGAGGAUACUUAGUAUUGUGGAUAGAAUAUGGGUCAGCGGUGGCCGUCUUGCUGAUUUGGUGGAUCGUGAUGACGUUCCUCUUCCUGAGAUGCCAGACACUGAAGAUGAAACACUGCUCAAGAAAUGGAAAUGGAAAGUUAAGAAUGUCAAGAAAGAGAAUAGGGAGAGACAUUCACAGCGGUGUGACACAGAACUUAAACUUGCGGUUGCACGGAAAAUGAAGGAUGAAGAAGGUUUUUACUAUCCGCACAACCUUGAUUUUAGAGGACGUGCAUACCCUAUGCACCCAUACUUAAAUCAUCUUGGUUCAGAUCUAUGCCGGGGUAUUUUGGAGUUUGCAGAGGGACGUCCUCUUGGAAAGUCAGGCUUGCGCUGGCUUAAAAUACAUUUGGCUAAUCUGUAUGCUGGUGGUGUUGACAAACUAUCUCUUGAAGGUCGAAUAGCAUUUACUGAGAACCAUUUAGAUGAAAUAUUUGAUUCUGCAGACAGUCCACUUGAAGGAAAGCGUUGGUGGUUGAAUGCAGAAGAUCCAUUUCAGUGCUUAGCAGUGUGCAUUAAUCUUACUGAAGCUUUAAGAAGCUCUUCCCCUGAAACAUUUAUUUCACAUAUCCCUGUACAUCAGGAUGGCUCUUGCAAUGGUUUACAACAUUAUGCUGCCCUUGGAAGGGACAAGUCAGGUGCAGCUGCCGUUAAUUUAGUUGCUGGAGAGAAACCUGCAGAUGUUUACUCGGGAAUAGCUGCUAGUGUUUUGAAGAUUAUGAAAAGGGAUGCAGAGAGAGAUCCUGCAAUUUUUCCAGAUGCAUUGCGUGCAAAAGUCUUAAUCAAUCAGGUUGAUAGGAAAUUGGUUAAGCAGACUGUGAUGACAUCAGUGUAUGGUGUCACUUAUAUUGGUGCCCGCGAUCAAAUUAAGAGAAGGUUGAAGGAACGUGGUGGCAUUACAGAUGAUUCUGAGCUCUUUGGUUGUGCUUGUUAUGCUGCGAAGACCACUUUAACUGCUCUAGGGCAGAUGUUUGAAGCUGCACGCAACAUCAUGAACUGGCUUGGUGAUUGUGCAAAAAUAAUUGCAUCUGAAAAUCAACCAGUGCGGUGGACGACUCCUCUGGGACUUCCUGUUGUGCAACCUUAUCGAAAAUUGGGAAGGCAUCUUAUCAAAACUUCUCUUCAAGUUUUGACAUUACAACGCGAAACAGAAAAGGUUAUGGUCAAAAGGCAAAGGACAGCUUUCCCUCCAAAUUUUGUUCACUCCCUUGAUGGCUCUCAUAUGAUGAUGACUGCAGUUGCCUGCAAAAAGGCAGGCUUGAACUUUGCAGGAGUUCAUGAUUCAUACUGGACACAUGCUUGUGAUGUGGAUUUAAUGAACACGAUACUAAGAGAAAAGUUCGUUGAACUGUAUGAGACUCCAAUACUGGAGAAUUUACUGGAGAGCUUCCAGCAAUCUUUCCCUACGUUGACUUUCCCCUCCUUGCCUGAACGAGGCAACUUUGAUUUGAAGGAAGUAUUAGAGUCACCUUAUUUCUUUAAUUGAUGAAGUAUUGCCUUUGCAUGCCACCAACAGUUCCACCUCUGGCAGUUCAAUCUACUGCCAUCUACAAGAAUGUCAAGGAAGGACAUCCCUGGUAAAGACUUUUUGUGUCAUCUUGUGUAUAUCUUCGAAGAUGAUAUGACAUUCAGCUUUGAGAAAGUCCAUAGAGAGUAUGGUGCCUUUUCGCUUCAUCAGCCUUGAACACAAUGCCAUUUGCACCUUUUUAUAGCAUUACAGUCUCUGAAUAUUGGUACGCCAUGUGGGAGUAGAAGUUAGUCUAACGAUGACAAAGCAAAUCUUCUAUAGAGACAGAAUCUAUCUUCUAUAGAGAAAGAAUCUUUUUCCUUUUGUUUUUUUUUUUAGGAACCAACUAUAGAGAAAGUUUUAAGAAAGAAAGUUAGGACUCUUUAGUGUUUGAAUAUUGUAUGAUCGAGCAAGCUUCUAUAAGGGAAGUUGAGGAAGUUAAAAUUUUACAAUGCUUAACAUAGAGCCUAAGGACUAAUGGUUCUCUAUAGGUUUUAUGUGUGAAGAAUAAAAAGCUUAGGCAUGACGCAAAGGUUGGUUAUUGAUGCAGAAUUUUAGCAGGCAUUGAGCGCAACCUAUUGAGGAGAUGUUACAUAUGAUGUUGCCAAGGUUGUCUUAUAAAUAUUUCCAUUUUGUAUAGACGUGCAGUAAAUAUUAUUGUAAUAUGUAAUUGUUCUGGACACUUUUUGUAGUGAGUUUAUAUAUAAUGGCUCAGAUUCAAUUUUAUUUUUUA